ACCUGCUCCAACAUACAUUAGAUACAACGAUACACAGUGAGCAGAGGUGCAACAGUUAGACUAAACUGCAAAAACCAUCCAAAACUAACUGGAAAUCAUCGGUGAAGAGAGGAGCACAAACGAACGGAUCAUUUAUGAGAGGAGCUUAGCCCUGCAGACCUGUCUAAUUCACAGCACCGGGAGGCAAGAUGCCAGUCCAGAUACCGGACGACACCGAUUUCUUAUCUUUCCGAGAUCAAUGUGAAAGUCAUGAUGGCUGGGUCGCCCGUUAUAAUAAAGGAGGAGUGACGGUUUGGUGUCGAGACGAGGAGUGCAAAACUGUGCAGAAACUCAAGAUGAGAAUCGUGUGCAAGGACGUGACGGCAGAGACUCUCUACGAUGUCUUGCAUGACACGAGCUACCGGAAAAAAUGGGACACUAACAUGAUCGACACUUUCGAUAUUGGACGACUGACAGUUAACGCAGAUGUAGGAUAUUAUUCCUGGAAAUGUCCAAGUCCAUUGAAGAACAGAGAUUUUGUCACCAUGCGGUCAUGGCUUCCUCUUGGCAAUGACUAUCUGAUAAUCAACUACUCUGUCAAACACCCGGAAUACCCACCAAAGAAGGACUAUGUCAGAGCUGUGUCAUUGCUCACUGGGUACUUGAUCCAGUCCAACGGAGCGAACUGCUGCACUCUUUAUUACUUGACGCAAGUGGAUCCACGAGGGUCUUUACCCAAGUGGGUAGUAAACAGGGCCUCACAAUUAGUGGCACCCAAGGCCAUGAAAAAGAUUUACAAAGCCUGCAUAAAGUACCCGGAGUGGAAACGGAAACACGAGCCCAACCUGAAGCCGUGGAGGUACCCAGAGCAAAACACGCUACCCUGCAUCAGUGUCGCUGACCUGACAGUGCAGAGAGCUGAUUCUCUGGAGAACAUCGAUGAGAGCAGCGUGAAUGAGGAGAAAGCCCAGCACCACAGCGAUGAUGAUGAGACCUAAGAUAACACACACUGACUCUCCUGUGUUCUGUGUGUAUGUGAAAGCGACGGUGCGUCAUUCUCAGACGAGGAUGCUUCCCUUGCAUUUGUAAAUCAUACAUUCUUUGGAUUGAACAAAAUAACAUUAUAUUGUUUUGCAGAGAUUUAAAGACCUCCAUUCUAUGUCCAUACACUGAGGAAGGGUCUGGUUAGACGUGUUUAACUGAUAUGUUUUAUAGUGUAUGAUCAAAUUAUCAAGUGUAAAAUGUCUUAAACAGUGUCAGUAAAUACUUUGGAAGUGUAUUAACUUUAUUACUCAACGUUUCCGGUGCACAAUGCAGAUGUAUUGUAUUAUUGUGACUUUAUUAAAUUACUUAAACGGUGCACAACUCAUUUUGUCAUUCUGUCAAGCAGUAAUGCAACGGAUAAAACACCAUCUUUUCUGAGGUGAAGAUUUCCUGUGUGAUACUGCAAGGACUUCCACCCUUUUUUUCUUUAAAGUGACAAAGAUCUGUGUGUAUUUCACUGCCUUGAAAAGACCUCAGGGGCUGUAAAAAAUCAAUUCUGUGUAGUACAUUUGGAUCUGUCUGUGUGCUUUUAACUCAGUGGCAUUUUUCUCAAAGUCUGAAGA